AUGUCUUCCGCGCCCUCUAGCCCAGAGCUUUCCCCCAUCCCCUCAGAGGAUGGCCCUAUCGACAGAGCUUUCAGACCGAAGAAGCCCGUAGCGGCCAUCUUCAUUCAUGCUGGCGCCGGCUACCAUAGCGUCGCAAACGAACGACUGCACCUCCAGGCCUGCAGCGAGGCCGCCCGUGUGGGCAUGAAUUUCCUCAGGGCUGGUGCCAGCGCUACGCAAGCCGUCGAGGCAGCUAUCAGAUAUCUUGAAGACACAGAAAUCACAAACGCAGGUUAUGGCAGCAACCUCAACAUUGAUGGUAUUGUCGAAUGCGACGCAACCGUGGUCGACCACUUGGGCAGAAGCGGCGCGUGCGGUGCUGUUCCCGUCCCGCCCAACAUCCUCGUCGGCCAGGGAGCCAAGGAGUUCGCCGAAGAGCAUGGUCUAACCACUAUCCGCAACGAGUUCUUGGUCUCGAGGAACGCGCAGGACCGUUACCUUCGUUGGAGCGAGGACUUGCGGCGGGCAGAAGCCAAGAGAAACGCCCGACUUUCCGCGCACGCUGGGCGAUAUCGCAGCGGCGACUACCGGGCAUCAACACCAGAUGAUUACGACAAGGCCGCCGACUCUCUAGCUCAAACACCACGCCGAAACCACGCAGCUGCUGUUUUGACCAGUACUUGGAAUGAAGGACAACCCGACUCACCCUACCGAAGCUCUCCAGAAGGCAGCGCUGCCCCCAGCCCAGCCACGCCAACAGGUUCGCAUUCUACCUCCUGUGGCCAGUUCCCAUACUCUAGCCGAAGCACUCUCAGGCACAUGCGCUCCCAGCCCUCUGCUCACGAUGGCUCCGUCCUAGGCGACGAUGGCUGGGACGGUAUGCUAGACGAUGCUUUUGACGAUAAUGACCCUAUCCAUCCCCCAGACGUGGACGACAUUACAGACACUGUCGGCGCUAUCGCAGUCGACCUACAAGGCCGCAUCGCAGCUGGCUCCUCCUCUGGUGGCAUCGGCAUGAAGCACCGGGGCCGUCUCGGUCCUGCGGCCCUAGUCGGUGUGGGCAGUGCCGUCAUCCCGUCCGACCCAGGCGACCCCCUCGGGACCACUGUCGCGGCCGUGACCAGCGGCACUGGUGAGCACAUAGCAACGACGCUCGCCUCGUCACGCUGCGCGGAGCGCCUGUACAAAGGCACACGUCGCGGUCCCGGGGGCAAGGAUGUUCCGGAGGAGGAUGAACACGCCAUCCUCGAGGCAUUCAUCAUUGAUGACUUCAUGGGCCACCCAGGCGUGAGUACCCAACCGAGUGCAGGAGCGAUUGGUGUGAUGGCUGUCAAAAAGGACCGCGAUGGAUGCUGGUUCUAUUUCGCUCAUAAUACAGAGUCAUUUGCGCUCGCGAGCAUGUCGAGUCUGGAGAAGGAGCCGCUGUGUGUGAUGUCUAGGCUGGGAGGGGGGAUCGGGUCGGCGGCUGGGUUAAAAGUCGCACAGGGUGGGAGGAGGGUCAAAAUGGAGUGGUAA